GACCGUGCAUCUUCAAAGGGUUUCGACGAGAGCAGGAAAAAUGGAGUUACUUUUUGCUUCUCAUGCUCCGUUAUUUGUCAAGUUCUCUUCGGCCUAUUGACCAGGUCACCAAUCUGGAAGAUUUCAUUCCCGCUGGUAUUGCAGAUCCUUCUACAAGGACGGAUCUGGUUCUGUUGACUUUUUCUCGCUGUCAAUACGGUAAUCUGAGAUCUAACAUCAAUCGAUUCAUCAUUUGUUGCUGGACAAAAAUUAAGUAGGUCUGUGUAUUAUCUUGUAUGUUUGUAGGUACAGGUAGAGGUAGUUGUGAAGAGGAACUCCGUAAUAUUCCUCGAUCGGUUCCUUCGGCCUUGUCGUGCUAUAUUCGAGGGUGUCCAAAAUCGUUUGUCUUUGUUUCGCGAAAGAAUCUGCCUCAGUCUUCAACAUUCUUGAACAAGCGCCAAAAAUGAGUUGGGGGGCGCAGCAGCGAGCCAUCUGGCGGCAUUGUUAAAAGGCAUCGCUCCUCUCCUGUUGGUGUUGCUCGUCGCUCGAUAACGAGUAGGACUACACGAACCGCAACCGGAAUCGUCUUCGUGCUGCGACGUUUUUCGGGUCGUCAGCCGCCGUUGGAAACGAAAGAUGGUGAUCCCCAUGCCAGCAGGAAUGGGCGCCGCCAUGAGCGGCGAUCCACCCGAACAGGUGCAGGGUCACCUGCAGAAGAUAAAGUACUGCUACUGUGUAAACGACUGUUCGAGCGCUUUGUACUUUACACUUAUAUUUCUUCAAUGUGAAAAAGAAAAUUGCUUAUUGCUUCGGCUUCCGUAUCCGUGCUACUGUUGAACUUGAAUGGUGUGCGUGGUGCAUAAAUUUCAAUCCGAUUCUAUGCUUAAUGUUCAGCAACAUGACAUGAAACAGGUGGACCGUCGUUGCCGUCUUCCUUGGCAGCAUAGGCAAGUUGGUACAGGGUGGCCUUCCAUUCAACGAAAUAUUUUAUGUCAUAAGUGGCAUAUUUCUGAUGAAAGAUGACAAAAUAACGGGACGGGCCUACACCUGCCUCCUCUCAACGCCGCUCGGAGCCUGCGCAGGUUUGCUUUUUGAUUUUAGGCUGCAUGAUUGUUUUCUGGGCACUAGCGUGCUUAUUUGAGGCACAUAGGCAUGCAAAAAGAAGUAGAUAAGAAGUUCUGCUACUUCUCCUGCUACUAUUCACAGGAUGAAUUGAACUACCAUAAAGGAAAUCGAAAUUUUCAAAAAGAAAAAGUGAUGGCAUCACACGAGGAUACGUCAUUACUUAAAUUGAAAUCGUACCCAGGUCCUUCAGGCGGCGGCUUGACAUAUGGGGUUCUCAAACGUUACAUUCUCAACUGUUACAUGAAUUUGUCAUGCUGGCCUACCAUCAAGAUUCACACGAGAAAGCUGCUUCGCAUGACAAAUUUGCGAAGGGCUAAACAGAGCCUAAAUCUGUGCAGAACUUGUAAUGCUAGAGGUGCAACCUCGCCCCUUUCACUUUUGCAAUUCUUGCAUCACAGAUUCAUGUAACAGUUGAGAAUGUAACAGUUGAGAACGCCAUAUGACAUGUCUUACCCCUGUGAUGUUUCUAGGUGGGAUAAAUGUCCUCUUCGGCCUUUUCAGUCCCUACCUCCUGGAGCCAUUCAAUCUCAUAUGUAUUGCCUGUUUUUGUUGCUCAUUUCUUUUUCUGCACAUAGAGAAUCUUCUUCAUGUACGGCUUAAGAACUUUGUAUUUGGUGCUUCCUCUUGUUGCUUCGGUCGUCGCGAAUGCUUGAGAGCACCGAAACAGAAACCGAACCGCAAACACCAGGUAUGCUGUCCCAGGGAGUCGGGUGUUUUUUCGCCUACAAAACCUGGUCGUACCUGCGAGGCGAAGCAGGUCCAACGGGCGCGUUGCCCGGCGGCCUCCAAGGACACACGACCUACAACCCACCAGGACCAGCGACGCUCAGCACCACCGGGGGAGCGAGGGACGGCGCUCCGACCACCCCACAAACCGGGUUUGUCGCUUUCCAGGGGGAGGGAAACAAACUCGGCGGUCAGUGAUGAAUGGAACUGGUGAAAGGAUCCACUUUAUCUGAGAAGUUGAAGUCAAGCCGAACCCAAAAGAAGCGCUUCUUUAACUGGUUCCCGUUCCCCGCUGCUUAUCUCGCACAUAAUACAACCAUGUUGCACAUGCAUUAGCCAUCACACCUACAACCGUCGUGGUUGUCUAGUAUUUUCCUGCAU